ACCUCAGCUUCUCCAGGCCUGCUGGAGUUGGGGAAAACUGGUGCUGCUUUCUGGCCUCCUACUAGGGCUGCCAUGGGUUGGUUUCUGAGGCUGAGACCCAGGAACCUCAAGUUGAACUGAACAGCUGCAGCAUUUCACCCCAAGGUGAGGACAAGUGUAGGCAAAGCAGCAGGGGAUGUUGGGCCAGGAAUGGGGCUGGUCUUUCCUGACUGCCUGUCUUCCCAAGAGGAUAUGGCUCAAGGAGGCAGAUUCUAGGUGACCUAGUUUCUGGGGAGGCGGAGAUGAGAACAAGGAUUGGGCUAUAGGUGUGGCUGCCCCUUUUCUGAAGUCCUGAGGCUGUCCUUAUGGGGUCUCCAGGGGCUUCCUAGGUGUUUCUGGGACAAGUCUGGGGUACUACAAUUGGUUUAAGAUACCUGUCCCUUGCCUUCUGGGGUUUUGGCAUGUAUUCUAUAAAGGAGGCGGGACGCAGUGGAGCCCUGCCCCUUCCUGGAGCAGUGCCUCAAAUACCCAUCAGUGCUCUUACAUCAGAGCUCCUGGGCCAGGGCAGUAGUCUGUCCAGGGCUACAACAGGCCCCAUCCUGGACCUCAAGUCCCCACUUGGACUAGUACCACAGAGCCUCUGACACUACUUAAUCUACUUCCCAGGUAAGUCUUGGAACUGGGUCGAGCUGGAGACUGGGAAUAGGGUCCUUGCAUUUACAGCUUCACUGGUGCAGUAGAAGUUCCAUCACAGGCUGAGAGGCUGAUGUACCACUGGGAGUGGAGGGGCUGGACUGACCUGGAGAAUAUGAGUGAAUGUGCUUUCUCCCAAGGCCAGUGCUUGGGUCAGAUCUAGCAGACCCUGGUGAGGUAUGGUCAGGGUUAUUACUUGCAGGCUGUCCCUGACCCUUUCAGCUUCUGCCAUGGGUGGGCCUGGAAUUCUGCUGGUGGCAGUCUGGGUGCUGAGGUUUGUAGGGUCUGCAGCGCUGCGUGUUGGAGCCUUCAACGUCCAGAGCUUUGGCGACAGAAAAGUGUCGGACCCAGUCUGUGGCAGUGUCAUUGCACAAAUCUUGGCUGGCUAUGACAUCAUGCUUGUGCAGGAGGUGCGGGACCCAGACCUGAGCGCUGUCACAGUGCUCUUGGAGCAGAUCAACAGUAAGUCCAAACAUGAAUACAGCUUUGUGAGCAGCAAGCCACUGGGUCGGGACCACUACAAGGAGAUGUACCUGUACAUAUAUAGGAAAGACACAGUGUCAGUCGUGGAGACGUAUCAAUACUCAGACCCAGAAGAUGUCUUCAGCCGAGAUCCUUUUGUGGUCAAAUUCUCCACCCCCAGCUGUGGUGAGAAGUCCCAACCCCCACCCUGUAAUGCUGCCUUGUUUCCUCCCCAUGACACAGCUGCCAAAGAGCUGGUGUUAAUCCCAUUGCACGCAGCGCCUCACCAGGCUGUUACGGAGAUUGAUGCCCUUUAUGAUGUAUACUUGGAUGUUAUCAACAAGUGGGGCACUGAUGACAUGCUGUUUCUGGGUGACUUCAAUGCGGACUGCAACUACGUUCGGGCACAAGACUGGGCAGCCAUCCGCCUGCGCAGCAGUGAGAUCUUCAAAUGGCUCAUCCCUGAUAGUGCUGACACCACAGUAGGCAACUCGGACUGUGCCUAUGACCGCAUUGUGGUGUGCGGUGCCCGUUUGCGCAGGACCCUGAAGCCCCAUUCGGCUGCCGUGCAUGACUUUCAGGAGGAAUUCGACCUAGAUCAGGAUCAGGCUCUUUGCGUCAGUGACCAUUUUCCCGUGGAAGUGACCUUCAAAUCCCACUAACAGCCUGCCUGAAGAACUGGCUAGGGAAUGCCAUCUGCAGACUUAGGCCACAAAGAGUAGCACCACAGAGGCCGUUGAGGAUGCAGGGCAGGGUCACCUGGACACAUUAUAGGACUACUUAGGGCAUCUCAGUUUCCCUAUCUGUAAGUCAGACUAACAUUAUCUACCUCUGAGGGUUGUUGUGAGAAAUACCUACAAAUGGUGCUGCUCUGUGCAGUGCUUCCCACAAUCUCUUAAUAAACAAGGUGCUCUCAGCUAGGAUCAUA